GGGCCGGGCCGGGCCGGGGCUGGAGCGGCCAUGGGGAACCUGUUCGGGCGGAAACGGCGGAGCCGCGUCACGGAGCAGGACCGGGCCGUGCUGCAACUGAAGCAGCAGCGGGACAAGCUGCGGCAGUACCAGAAGAGGCUGAGCCUGGGCCUGGAGCGGGAGCGGGCGCUGGCCCGGCAGCUGCUCAAGGAUGGCAAGAAAGAAAAGGCCAUGCUGCUGCUGAAGAAGAAACGAUACCAGGAGCAACUCCUGGAUAAAACAGAGAACCAGAUCAGCAACCUGGAGCGGAUGGUCCAGGACAUUGAAUUCACCCAGAUUGAAAUGAAGGUCAUUGAGGGCCUGAAAGUGGGCAACGAGUGUCUGAACAAGAUGCACCAGGUGAUGUCCAUAGAAGAAGUAGAAAGAAUAAUAGGAGAAACCCAGGAUGCUGUGGAGUACCAGAGGCAAAUAGACGAGCUCCUGGCUGGCAGCCUGACUGAGGAGGAUGAAGAUGCCAUUCUAGAAGAGUUAAAUACUAUUACUCAGGAACAGUUGGAGCUUCCAGAAGUUCCUUUGGAGCCGCUCCCAGAGAAGAUCCCAGGUAUGCUCUCUCUGCAGCUUUGGCUUCCACACAGUAGUCUGGGACCCUCUCCCAGUGUCCAGCUGAGCCCUCACCCCAACAGGACCCGAGGCUCCGGUCCCUGUUCCGUUGGCAUCGGGUCCUUCCCUCCAGGAGUUUCCCUCUGUGACAUCUACUGUGCUUGUCACGCUCUGUACCUGCUCUGAGGCACCACCUGCCUCGAGACACCUUGUUGCAUUGUGGAGCUCCAUGAGGAAUUCCUGCCCUGCUUGUCCCAGGCAAGACUCUCCCACAGGACUCAGACUGGUCCCCUGCAGGUCAUGGCAAGGCAGGGACAGUUGUUUUGUGGAUGGUGGAUUCACCCUGCACGACACUGGAUCUCACUGAGGCUUCUGAGGACUCAUAGCUCUUCUCAGCUCGUGUCCCGGGGAUUUGGAAGCAGCUGGGUGAGGAUCACUGCGGUCCCACAGCUCCAGGACUGUUGGAGCACGAGCUGCACACACCUGAUGCUACAGGAGAGUCUGCCCCUGAAUG